CGGCAUUUUGACAAGGCUGCUGCAGUUGUGGUACGCGUCUCUGUCCAUUGUGGUAAACAAGACCUCGGCUAGCUGGCUACCAGGUCCGGCCGCCACACCGAAAAGCGAGCGAAGAGGUGAACCUGCUCAUCUGCCAUCAAGAUGAGCCGGGAUGCUCCCAUCCACAGCUGGCCUGGCUCCUAUUACAUCAACAGCCAGAAGAGGUGGGAGAGCGGAACACUGUCCCUCACCAGGACCACGGUGCGCUUCAUCUCAAGCCACAGCAAGGGCUGCGUCGCCAGCUUCCGCUUGUCCAGGAUCGUGGAGAUAAAGAUGGAGACAUCUAGUUUCAUCUUCAGCACCCUGACAGUGCUGGAGGAGGGAAACGUCAAGCACUGGUUCGGUUCCCUCAAGCCCCACCGGGCGGCGGUCUUUAACGUGCUGGAGCACUUCUGGAGAGAGCGUCUUCUUUCACCCACAUCAGAAGCCCGGGGGGCCGAGAGUCAGCCUUCCAAGGGGAGGGAGCUGAUCAGCCUGGUGGCAGGAGCCCAGAGAAGGCUGGAGGACACCGGCAUGGUCCUCAGCCACCAGGGAGAGCAGUUUGACAACAUGAUGCAGGGAUUGGAGAAUAUCGACUCAGAUCUGGGUGUUGCUGAUAAACUCCUUUCAGAACUCGAGUCUCCCUCCUGGUGGCCCUUCGGUAAACUCCCCUGGAAGAGUCAGCAGGAGGCCAAAGCCGAGGACGCCUCCAAGGCGGCGGCCGCUCUGUCGGCCGGCAAAGACUCCAGCAGAAGCAAGGUGAUCGCAAGCAUCCCGGCAGUGUUGUCCAAGGGCGGCGACUCGGACUUGAAGCCUGGCUGUUUGCUGGUGCUGGUGUCCUCGCUGGAGGCGCGGGACACCGGCUGCCACCUCAUCCACCGAUUCGAGCGGAGCGAGAUCGACGAAAUCAGGGUGCACAGCCCCUACGAGAUCGCGGUCAGACAGCGGUUCAUAGGGAAGCCAGAUGUGUGUUACAGGUUCCUGUCCGCCAAGAUGCCAGAGGCCUUGUGUGUGUUAGAGAUGCAGUACAGAAAGAAGAUGGAGCUGACGAGUGAAUACGCAGCCUUCAGGGCGACUCCGCUUGCGUCCCCUUCUGACAGAGAAGCGGGUUUGACGCAGGGGUGCCAAGACACCGAGCUCCCAGUGGAGGUCCCGGCAGGAGAGCUGUCCCAGCUGCAGGUGCAAGUUCUCCAGCCAUCUGUCAGUCAGGCUGAGGCCCAGGAACUCAAGCAGAUGCUGAUGCAGCUGAAGAACCUCGCGCUGGAGGCGGAGACGGAGCUGGAACGGCAGGACGAGGUCCUGGACGUCCUGACGAGCUCAACGGACCGAGCCACCAUGCACAUCGGAAAGCACACGUGUCGCAUGAAAAGACUGCUGUAGUCUCGACAGUUGAGGAAAAAAACAAAACAAUAACAGCAACAAAAAAAAACGCACGUCACUCCAUGCUCCAUUCUGUGCCUCAGGGGGCCUUCUGCUAGAAGAAACCAUUAAUGUUUCUGGCACAUGAUCAUGAUGGCUCCUAGGAUUCAGUGGUACGUGAUGACGUAACUGCAGGGGUCUCAAACGUCUAGAGGAGGUACAGAAAUGGUCCCACAGGUCUAGUUUAAACGUUACAGACUUUUCAAAUAAAUUAAGACACACAUGGCUUCAAAAGUUUGCAGUAACUCUGUAAAAGGAAUUGCCUGUUUUAAGCUUUAAAUUACAAAACAUUUUUAAAUGUAUUUCCUUUAUAAAAAUAAGAUUCUUUAUGUCAAGCCAUUGGUUAACAUAUGAAAUAUGUUCCGAGGGCCUCUUAACCUCUGAUUCUGUCUCGGGAAGCAUACAGUUGGCUUGUUUUAUUCCAGUAAUGCAUCUGUCCUAAAUAAUGCACAGUAAUGUUUAAAUUUUUGUGUUUCUCAGGUUAUAUGUGUCGCAUAUCCUUUUAGAAAUUAGGUCUGAUGGCCCUUACCCAAUGCAUGUUUCCGUAUAACUUUUUUGUAUACAGAAAAAAGGGAAAAUGUUAUUAGAAAACUCAAUACGUAGCUAAACACUAAGAAUAAAACGCUGAAGCUCGUACGAAAAGCAAAAUUACAUCUUCACUUUAUUUAAAUUAGAGUACGUAUACAAACAUACAAACUAAUACUUAAUCUACAUUAUCGACACCUACUGCAACUCUCUUCUGCUUUGAACAUUUUUGAAGUGGGCCUGAAGUUUUACGAAUGUGGACCUACCCUUUUGUUUUUUUUGAAUGAUCCUCGGGUCCUUUUUUAUUUUAUUUUAGUGCUAAUGACUGAUUUACAAUAUAUGGGAGAGGUCCAGGUCAUAUGUGUAUGUCCGAAAGUAAAGAUUUGAACUAGAUAUGACUUGUGACUGAACUGAGCAUGUCACAAAUUGUUACUGUACGUGUAGUACUGUACUUCAACCGAUCAGGAUCUGUUUCUGCUUUUAAUUAUUUCUGUGUAACUGGAUGUAGGUAAAUAAUUAGCUUCAAAUAUUGGUGAAAUUCACCUUUUUCCUACUAUUGUAUGCGUUGAUUGAAUCUGUGUAGCAUAAUAUGUGCAAUAAAACUGAAAUAAUCUUA